GUUUACGUUUCAUUGCCUGAGACAACGCCCACUAAUCCUGGAUUCCUAGUGGUCCUUGAUUACCGCGAGGGAAGAAAGUCUGUCUUUUGAACAUAUUUUCGAGAGUUCUCUUGUGUCGACAUUGUUCAGAAUCCUCAGCAUGAAUAAUAAGUACCAGGUGGUUCAAGUUGCAGUUGCCAUGUGUGUAAUUAAGGAAACCCCACCAAAUGUUACACCGAGAGAAUUUGCCUAUAAUUUACAGAAAGCAGUGUCAUUAAAGCAUGGUAGGCAAAUCUACCAGAUGGAAAGAAACGAGAAUAAUCAGGGUGACAGUGAGACCAUUCCUUCAUCAAUCAAGGAAGAUUCAGAUGAAGAAGUGGGCAUUGAAGGAUUAAAAGUGAGUAAAGGAGUUAUACACCCAGAUUUGUCUCCUGUAGGACUUCAUGGAGCAUUCAUUAGAAGUGGUUCUGAAAAUCUGUCCAGGGCUAAAAGUGAUUCUCUUGAUACUGAGUCAAAUGAAAGUGAGUGUUUUUCACUAAAUGGCAAGCAUCUUGAAAGUAGAAGAGAAAAUGACUUUACCAACAAGAAUGGCAAGGAACGUUUGUUACUCAACAGUAAAAAUUUAGAGACUACAAAAGAAAAAAUCUUUACUGAUAAGGGACAAGAUAAUACAAAGAUAUCACAUGCAGCAGUGUCUGUCAGGGGUCAGUUAGACAUCAAAAGCAGUGAUUUAAGGAGAGUGACUGAUGUCCAAAAAGGUAGUUCCUUGAUUCACUCUGAUGUGAGGAGGCAAGUCAUAGAUCCUGAAUUUGAUGAGAUUUUGUUUUCAGAUAUGCGUGCAUGUGGUUCACCUCUUUUACUGAAAGAAAAUCACAUUUUAAAGAGACAGGCAUGUGGUAAUGGUGUUUUGUUAAAUGAAUAUGAAGUGGAAAAGUGUAAACCCGGAAUUGAAUUAGACAUGUCAAAUGCUGCUUCAUACCUUUUAGAAUUUGAAAAGUCUGGACUUAUUAAUUGGUCAUCAAAAGUUGAUAAGUGUAACCUAAAUGUAAACACUGGCUGUGUACCUGACAUGUCGCAAAAUUAUUUUCAGUCUUGUGACGAAAAUAGCGGGAGAAUUGAUCCUAAAGAACAUCCCCUCAGCAGUCUUUCGCCUUUGAAAAAGACACGCAAAGAUUUACAUAAGAAUAUAACCUUGGAUGAAUGCAAAGAAGCAAUGAAUGCAGUUAAGGAAGAAAUAGAGAAAUCUUUAACAGAUUCAUUUUAUGGAGUUUUUCCUUGCUGGAAUAAGAUGCAUUCCAGUAUUAAGGUGUUAACUUGCUGGAUAAACAAGUUAGAAAGUCAUGCAGAACUUCCUGAAGGAGUGUUUCAGGAAUUCCUCUCGACCAUUUUGAAAUUACUUUUUCAAUUUGGUAUUGGUUCCAGCGUGGAAGAAACCUCCGAUAAUACUACUACAAUAUGGUGGAUGAUUUUGCAUGAAGUUAAGGGCAUAUUCUCCUCCAUUUGUCCAACUGAAUAUCUCUGGUUCCUAAGUGGAAAUCUUCUGAUCAGCGCAUUGAUUUACAUAUCAGAAUCGUGUGGUUCAGUCUCAGAUGAAAUAAGUGACCACCUGUCUGAUAUAGCUCAUACUGUAGCUGAAGUGUUGCAGUGUAUUGUUGAAUAUGCCACUUCUUUGCCAGAAGACUUACCAACAGAAGAGUUACCAAAAUCUGUAUCGGAUAAAAAAUGUCUUCAGGCAAUGGAGACUGCCUCUGAGACACCAUUAUCAUUGCAAAUAAGUACUGAUACUUCUAAAGUAAAUAAUAAUGAAGCUCAGUUUGAGACUUCAUCCAGCUAUAACGGCAAUUCUUUGCAAGACACCCAAAAUGUUUUAAAGGCAAGCCUCUAUCCCAGGAUUUCCAGCCAAAAUGCAGAAACUUUGAACAGCAUACAAUCUCUGGAACAUAGAAUACACUCUGCUUUGCAGUCAUUGACCUCUUAUGAUUCACAGAAUGAUGGUCAGAAUUAUAUUUUCCCCCAGUAUCUUGUGACUGACAGCACAUCUCUAAAUGAUGAAGAUAAUUCUCCAUCAUGUUUUUAUGAAACUUACUCAUCUUGCUAUUUACCAACUAUUAUUAAGGGAAUAAAUUUGAAUGAAUCCCCAAAAGUGAAACGGAUUUUAGUCCUCUGGAGUUGUAAGUUAAAUAGAGUUUGUUUACCUAAUAUUCAGGAUGUUUUGCCUCUUCUCAGUCUCCAGCUCAAGGCAAUAUGUAAGUUAAUAACCAAAUAAAAGUGUCUCUUAUGAUGUAUAGAAAUUCCCUUGUACCAGUCAUUUAAUAUUUUCACUUCCUAUGCAUAGUUAGCAUAUCUAUACAUAUUAAUGGUUUGAAUAACAGGAGUCAUGUAGGGAAAAAAAAUAUAUUAAACAAGGGCAUAAAGGAAAGGUGUAAAGAAGAGUUUAGCAGUAUCAGACUUUGAACAUCACAAUAAUCACUUCCAGAUAAUUGGUCUUCAGUGCAAACAUAAUUGUAGUAAUAAGUAUACACAUAAUUUUUCUCUUAUUUUCUACCUCACACACACAAGUAUUCCAUUAAGGUGUAAAAAACACAGGUAGCAGUACCAAAACUAUUUAUUUCUUUGUUGUUCCCAGGCAUUAGUACCAAAACUCUUUUUGGU